GGGGGGUGGGAUCUGCCAGCUCCACAUUGUGGAAUACAAUAUCUGGAGGGAGUCUACUUUUAGGUGGGAUUGUAGCAGAGCCAGGACUGGGGGUGUUCUGCUGAGGUCUGUUUUACGAUCAAAAUGUCGUUCAUCCAGGUAGAGCAGAACUCAGAUUUCCCUCUCCAGAACCUUCCCUAUGGGGUUUUCUCUACUAGGGACAAGCCAAGGCACAGGAUUGGGGUGGCGAUUGGAGACCAGAUAUUGGAUCUGAGUGCUGUUAAACAUCUGUUCACUGGACCAGUGCUUUCCAAGCAUCAUAAUGUCUUCGACCAGCCAACACUUAACGACUUCAUGGGGUUGGGCCGCGAGGCGUGGAAGGAAGCUAGAGUCUUUCUCCAAAAGCUCCUGUCAGCCCGGGAGCCAGUGCUCAGAGACGACUCAGAGCUACGAAAAAGAGCAUUUGUACCUCAAGCCUCCGCCAUAAUGCAUCUGCCAGCUGAAAUUGGAGAUUACACUGACUUCUAUUCUUCGCUGCACCAUGCCAUGAAUGUUGGGAUCAUGUUCAGAGGGAAGGAGAAUGCUUUGAACCCUAACUGGUUGCAUUUACCUGUUGGCUACCAUGGGCGAGCUUCUUCGGUUGUGGUGUCUGGGACACCAAUCCACAGACCACUAGGACAGACACGUCCAGAUGAUGCUAAACCUCCAGUGUUUGGUGCUUGCAAACGUUUGGACCUUGAGUUAGAAAUGGCAUUCUUCGUAGGCCCAGGGAACAAGCUGGGGGAGCCUAUUCCAAUCGCCAAGGCUGACGACCACAUUUUUGGAGUGGUUCUUAUGAAUGACUGGAGUGCUCGUGACUUUCAGAAGUGGGAAUAUGUUCCAUUGGGUCCAUUUUUAAGCAAGAGCUUUGGCACAACUAUAUCUCCCUGGGUCGUUACUAUGGAAGCUCUCAUGCCAUUUGUGUUGCCAAAUCCUAUCCAGGAUCCCAAGCCACUACCUUACCUCUGUGAUGAAGAGCCCUAUACAUUUGACAUAAAUCUCUUUGUUGCCAUUAAAGGGUUUAGCACACAAGGAAGUGCUCUGUGUACCAUACCAGAUCUGCUGGAGUUGGUGAGAGGGAGAGACCAAGCAGGGAGUACGACACCCCCUGGGAUGAAAACACCCCAUUUGCAGCGUUUAGGAGUCUACAUCCAGAAUUGCUGCUUUGACACUGAGCACAUGUACUGGACCAUGAAACAGCAGCUGGCUCAUCACAGCCGCAAUGGAUGCAACCUUAAACCUGGAGACCUCCUGGCAUCUGGGACAAUCAGUGGUCCUGAUCCAGAGAGCUUUGGCUCCAUGUUGGAGCUGUCGUGGAACGGAACAAAAGAAAUUGACCUUGGCAAUGGGCAGUCUCGUAAGUUUCUGCAGGACGGAGAUGAAGUCGUCAUGACAGGUUACUGCCAGGGGAAUGGUUACCGAGUGGGAUUUGGCCAAUGUUCAGGAAAAGUACUUCCUGCACCAUCUCUUCCGUGAUCCCACAUCCUUGAAAACUUCAGAGGAAGAGAAGAAGAAUCUCUCCACCCAAGCCUUCUCAGUACAUGGCCUUUGGAGCGCUUCUCUUGCUUGGAGGAAUCAAAAUGUUCUGCAAAUUCUGUUUUCAAAUCAGUAUUGUCUGUAUUUGUAUAAAUGCUUGGAUCUUCAUGACAUUCCAGUCCUUAUCAAUAAAAGUCUCACUGGUGGGUACAGCUCUCUGCGGUGCCUGUAAGGCAGUGUUAGCUAUACCCACAAUGAUGGAAGCAAAUUCUUCAUAAGAACAUAGAACUGGCAAGGUCUCCUGGGCCAUUGUGUCCAGGCCUCUGUGCUUGCAGGUAAUUGUUAACCAAAUGA